GUUAAUUGAACUAACUAGAAACAAAUAUUACAAUAAUUCACACUGUGUGACAAAAAAAGAUGCAAUGUCUGUCUAAGUGCCUUUUUCAAUAAUUGCAAACUGAUUCAAAUAUUCUUUUACAUGUAUACAUUCAAAAUAUAGUUUUACAUAUUUUUCAUAAUAGCUUGCUGGUCUGGACUUGGAGCCUCAGGCUACUAAAAGUGCUGGUUGUUAGUUUCCUCCACACUUACACAAGCAGUUGAAGGCUAAAGAAACAAAGGAUAUUUGCUGAAUAUUUACUAAAAUGAACUCUAUAACAAAGCCGGAAGUUGUAUGGAUUGAAGGAAGAUGUUACAGAGUUAAUGAUUCCUCAACAGCAGAUGUCAGAAGACUUAUUGAGCAUGAUAUUUAUGAGAAUGAGGUGGAAUUUCAAGAUUUGGAUGGAGAUGAAGAUAAUGAUGACUGUAAAGUUGUUAUGGUACAUCCAAAUAGAUAUUAUGCCAAUCUUCAUGUUUCUCAACAUUUCAUGGGCAAGAUAAUAGGAAAAAAGGGGGCAACCAAAAUGGGAAUUCAACGAGAUACAAAAACAGAUAUCAAAAUACCAAAACAUGGAGAAGAUACUGACAUUGUCAUUUAUGGCCCUGCACCUGCGAAUGUAAAGGCAGCUCGACGCAGAAUCAAUAUAAUUGUAAUGGCGGCCAAAGAGAAGCUACCAUACACACAUUUUAUAUCUAUACCGUUCAAUCAAGCCGCUGUCAUGGAAAGAUUUGAGAAAUUUAAGGCAACAGUGUUACGUGAUUACAACGGGAGAGGUUUGGAUGAGUCAUGUUUUAUAAGAGCAAGUAAACUUCAUAUCACCGUUAGAAUGUUGUCUCUCAUGGACAACGAAGAGAGAUUGCUGGCUUCGAAAGUGCUCACAGAGGCAAAUGAAAAAGUCAUAAGACCCAUGUUGAAGGACUACUUACCACUCAGAAUAAGACUGAAAGGAUUGUCUUAUAUGAAUGACGACCCCAAAGAGAUGCAUGUAUUAUAUGGCCGUGUUGAAGAGGACGAAGGCCCAACUGGAAUUCUACAAGAUACUGUUAAUGCUCUCGCAGAAUUCUUAUAUAAAACAGGUGUUGUGAUCAACAGAUUUAAUGACUCGAGUGUGAAAAUGCACGUCACUUUGAUAAACACGCGAUAUCGAAACUCAGGUUCACAAAGCGAUGAAGAGGGUUCAUCCAGCAAGAAAAACACAGCAAGAGAAAGUUUUGAUGGUUCGAAAAUCCUAAGCUCAUUAGGAGAUUACGAUUUUGGGGUCGUAGAGUGGCGUGAUAUACAUUUAUCACAGAGAAGUGUGGUAGGCCCUGAUGGUUACUACCAGGCAACCCAUGUUGUAUCUUGUGUUGGUAAUAAUUAACUGUUUAAGAAAUAAAUAUUUUUUUAUUUGA